AUGUAUAGAUCUAUUAAUAAUAUGUAUAGAUUGUAUCAGGACAUUUGCAAAGAAUCCGAAAGGGUAGCAGUUUCAGCAUUUAAGUAUCGUGAAAUAUUUAAUGAUAAAUUUAAUUUGAGUUUUUUUCAUCCAAAAAAGGACUUAUGUAGCAUUUGUUCAAAAUACGAAAAAGCUGACUCGAAAGAAAAUUUAGAAGAAGAAUUUCGGGAGCACAUACAGCGUAAAAAAAUAUGUCAAGCAGAAAAAGAUGCUGACAAAAUUCGGGCUAAUACAGAUCACUCAUUUAUGUCUAUUACUAUGGAUUUACAAGCUGUGUUGCAAAUACCAAGUGGAGGGGAAAGUAUAUUAUACUAUAUGAGGAAGUUAGUAUUGUAUAAUUUUACUAUUUACGAAGCAAAAUUACCAAAUAAUGCAUACUGUCUCUGUUGGAGCGAACUAAAUGGUAAAAAAGGGAGUUCUGAAAUAGGUACGUGCCUCUAUUACUUUUUAUCGAAAGAAUUACCCCAAUCCAUCAAAGAAAUAAAUAUUUUUUCUGACACCUGUAGCGGACAAAACAGGAAUCAGUACAUUUCAGCACUUCUGCUCUGGGCAGUUCAGAAAAUCGAUCAUUUAAAUGUAAUCGAACAGAAAUUCUUAGAAAGUGGCCACACUCACAUGGAGGUGGAUUCCAUGCACGCUGCUAUUGAAUCAGCGUCUAAAAAUAAGACAAUAAGUAGCGUAAGUGAGUGGAAAAACGUUUUUAAAGCAGCUAGAAAGAAGAGAGCUAAAACUAUUACGAAAGAGGAUGUGAAGGAAACAAUAGAGAUUGAUAAUUAUAAAGUGAGAGAAUUUAAAUUUAAUGACAUGUUAGACUUGAAAAAUCUUAGCGCUGCAAUAAUUAGAAACAAAAAUAAAGAUAACUUGAAGGAAACGGUUAACUGGCUUAAAAUAAAAAGGAUUAAGUAUGUGAAAGGAGACUUAAAAUUAUAUUUUAAUUAUGAUAUGUCCGAGAACUUUCGUAGCAUAGAUGUCUGUAAAACGGCCGUUAAUACACCAAAAACUAGAGCUAAAAGAAAUUCUAACCCGCCUUCAGUUAAUGUACAAUUACCAAAUGAAAUAGAGCAUUUAUAUCCCACUCAAUUACCAAUUAGCCUUGCUAAAAAAAAGGAUCUCCUCAAUAUGUGCGAAAAACUUAUCAUACCAGAGGAACUUCAUGCAUGGAUACGUGGUAUGAAGACGUACACCAAACCUACAGCUUUCGAAAGUGAUGAAGAGUGA